AUGCUGGCAAACCGAGGCUAUGACGUAUGGCUUGGCAACAGCAGAGGUAACAAGCACUCAAGGAAUCACACUAAAUACAAUCCUGACAAAAAUAAGGAGUUUUGGGAGUUUACCUUCCAGCACAUGGCUGACUUUGAUCUUCCAGCCAUAUUCACAUAUGUCAAUGGAAUCACUAAGCAAAAAGUCAGCUAUAUAGGACACAGCCAAGGAACAAUGCAGAUGCAUAUUACUCUAUGCAAGAGGAACGCUGUUGUGGAAAAAUUACUAGAUAAGUACUUUGGAUUUGGGCCAGUAGCUUAUGUUAAACAUGCAUCUUCAAAUGUUGUCAACCUCUUGGACCAUAAGGUAGUGAUUGAUUGGUACAAGCUAAGAGGAAUUCAUGAAUUCAUGCCAGGAUUGAAAUGGUUUGAGACUGAUGCUGGUAUUGUUUUUUGCUCAACUUUUCCUAAGAUAUGUGGAGAUGCUAUUGGACAAAUAUGCGAUGCCGAUCCUGAACUUGACAACUAUGAUCGUUAUGAUGUCUUAGUUGGCCAUGACCCUUCAGGAACCAGUCUUAUGAAUAUGGAGCAUUGGAAACAGUUGCUUGACUUUGGAACCUAUCAAGCAUACGAUUACGGAUCAGCUAAGGAAAACACAGCUCACUACGGACAGGCAACGCCUCCAGUUUGGGAUCUAAAGAACAUCAGAGUUCCUAUAAGGCUCUUCGCUGGAACUUCUGACGAAUUAGCCGACCCCUAA